AGAGAGAGAGAGGGAGAGAGAGUGGGAGGUCGGCUGGCUGGCGCGAAGUUCCGCGCGCUGCUAGGCGGCGGGGGUUCCUUUAGUGGGUCGCAGGCGGUUGUACGGAGUGCGAACUCGGCGGCGGUCAGCGGCGAUCGCAAUUCCUCCGCUCUUCCCCGCGAGUUUUAAACUCGGACUUGGGCGCGCGCGGACGGCGAGACCUCGUCCGUCCAGUCUGUCUCGCCGCUGAACUUCACGCACAUUAGGGGACCAUGUCGGCGGGCGGCCUGGCGGCGGCGCUGUGCCGCAAGAAGGCGGUGUCCGGGGACGGCAUGGAGGCCUCGCAGCUGUCGCGCUGCCUCACGCUGCUGGACCUCACCAUGCUGGGGGUGGGCAGCACCCUGGGGCUGGGCGUGUACGUGCUGGCGGGCGCCGUGGCUCGCAGCGAGGCUGGUCCCGCAGUCACGCUGUCCUUCCUCGUGGCGGCCGUAGCCUCCGCCUUCGCCGGUCUGUGCUACGCCGAGUUCGCUGCACGCGUGCCCAAGGCGGGCUCUGCCUACGUCUACAGCUACGUGUGCGUGGGGGAGUUCGUGGCGUUCGUCAUCGGCUGGAACCUCAUCCUGGAGUACGUCAUCGGCACGGCGAGCGUGGCGCGCGGACUCAGCAACUACGUGGACAGCCUCACGGACAAGGUGAUGCACGACCGCCUCAUCGAGGUCAUGCCCAUCCGCAUCAAGUUCCUGUCCGAGUACCCGGACUUCCUGGCCUUCGGCAUCGUCAUGCUGCUCACAGGCCUGUUGGCGAUUGGAGUGAAAGAGUCCACUAUACUCAACAACCUGUUCACCAUAUUCAACAUUCUGGUGAUAAUAACGGUCAUUGUGGCAGGCUCCAUUAAAGCGGACCUGAAGAACUGGAGGGUGGAGCCGGCGGACGUGCCGGCGGAGGUGCGCAACGUGGGCGCCGGGGGGUUCAUGCCCUUCGGCGUGGCGGGCGUCAUGGCCGGCGCCGCCAAGUGCUUCUACGGCUUCGUGGGCUUCGACUGCGUGGCCACCACCGGCGAAGAAGCUAAGAAUCCUCAGAGGUCCAUCCCUAUAGCGAUCGUGGUGUCCCUGGUUAUAAUCUUCGCGGCCUACUUCGGGAUAUCCACAGUGCUGACGUUGAUGUGGCCAUACUACGAUCAGGACCCUGACGCGCCGCUGCCCUACGUCUUCAUGAAGGUGGGCUGGCCCGUCAUCAAGUGGAUAGUCACCGUGGGGGCGGUGUUCGCGCUCUGCACCAGCCUGCUGGGCGCCAUGUUCCCCCUGCCGCGGGUGCUGUACGCCAUGGCCACGGACGGCAUCCUGUUCCGGUUCCUGGCCGACGUGAGCCCGCGCACGCAGACGCCCAUCCUGGCCACCUUCGUGUCGGGCACCUUGGCCGGUAUUAUGGCUACAAUUUUCGACCUACAGCAACUGAUUGACAUGAUGUCAAUCGGCACUCUUCUUGCCUACACGAUUGUCUCCAUAUGUGUUUUAGUUUUAAGGUACGAGGACAGACCCUCCGCGAGCUACGAGUUCUCCAAGAAGGCCACCCUGACGUUCGGCAGCAAGGGGCGACUGGCGGUGGUCGCGCGCGCACUCAAGCACUUGUUCAACCUCAACAACCUCAAGCAGCCCACCCCCACCACCGAGAGGAUAGCCAAGUGGGGGAUCGCCGCCAACAGCGUGCUGUGCGUGCUGUUCUGCGCCAGCCUGGUGCACGCGUCCAGCCAGCUGGCGGAGGGCGAGGGCUGGGCCGUGGUGCUGACCUUGGUGCUGGGCGUCUCGCUGGUCGUCGCCCUGGUGGUCGUCGGUCGUCAGCCCGUCUCCGGCGCCAAGCUGUCCUUCAAGGUUCCGUUGGUACCACUGGUGCCUGGUCUCAGUAUCCUCAUCAACGUCUACCUCAUGAUGAUGCUCGACUCCAACACGUGGAUCAGAUUUGCCAUUUGGCUCGUUAUUGGGUUCCUCAUCUACUUCUUCUACGGCGUGGGCCACAGCGAGGAGGGCAAGAGGAGGCAGCUCAAGGCGCUGGAGCUGAGCUCCAAGGCCCACGAGGCGCGCGGGGCGGACGCGGCGGGGGCGGAAGCCGAGGUCAGCUCUCCGGGGGCCGGCCCCCAGGUGUGACCUUCCCCGCGGCCCUGACGGAGCCCCGGGGAGCGCGUCUGCCGGCGAGACGAACUGCCCAGCGCCCUUUCCCGGACACUCGCGGACUGCAACACCGAGUUAUCUGAUCCGAAACUUCCGCGGUAUUCCACACGGAAUUCCAUUUCUUCGCGACGCAAGAGAAGGGGGUUGUAUUAUUUACCUGUGACGUAACCCAGCCUAGUGGCAAGUAAAAUAAAAAAAUCCACAUUAAAAAGGCUAUUUUUAACGAAUUUUCUGACGUCAUGAAAACAAAAAAAAAUUUGUUUAUUAGCUCUUUUUUUUAAAAAAAUAUGUAAAUUUACAAAAAAUUUACAAUGUCGGGUCCUGUCUGGAAAAGAAUAUUUUGAUAUCACUUCAGACUUUUUUUCUUUUUCAGUUAUAAAUAUUUUGGGUAAAGGAGGGAGGGGGAGAUGGCUCAACCCUUCCCCUAAUAAGACCGCAACUGGUAUUCCGCAUAUACUUAUAUUUUGUGAGUCGACAUGAUACUAGUUUUAAAUGUGCAGGUUAUUUAUAAUCUUGAUCUGGCUGAAUGAGCGGUCAAAAACCUGUUGACUGGGUUUGUUUUGGAAACCCCUCCCAUUUAAAAAAAAAAAAAAAUAUUUUUCAAAGUAUUAGGUACUGCCAAAGAAAGUCUAUAUAGACUACAUAAUUAAAAAUGUAAUAAAUACUUUUCACGGGUGUCGAUUAUUUUUAAUGAGUAGUGUGCUCAAUAGAUUCAACUACAUAAGUUUGAAUGGCAUUGGAACUGAUAUUUGGAUAACGUCUCUGGAACACAGACAAACUCUCCGACCUUCGAGUCAGCACUUUAGUAUCGAAGGGAUUUGGACGUUUAUCAAAGGGAAAGAAUUCCUCGGAAAUUCUUGCAUCUUCAAUAGAUUCCAGUUCUCUUAAUAGUUCAUAAGCAAUCAGCAGAGAGAUAGCUGCUCUACUAAUGACCGAACCUAGUCAGACGCCCGAAUAAUACGUUUGCGUGCAUCUUGGCCGAUUUUUUUUUUCUGUUGAUAAAGUAAAAGGUAUGCUAGGUUGAAAAAUAAUAGCCUAUAUUUUUUUUUGUAAGGGUAGGUUUUCGCGUGUGUAGGAGAUCGUAAUUAAAUGAAAUGUUGGUUAGGUUAAGUUAGAUCUGAUAUAUAUAUAUAUAUUAAUUCGGUCCGCGAAGUUGCACGAGCGAGCAUCGAACUUCGGAUAUGUUCGGGACUGAUCUGGGUUCGGUGAAACGAAUGCUUCUCCCUAGUUGCUGUUGCCUGGCUUUACGUUGAGUGGUUGCGUACGGAUACUUUAUGCGAUGGGAGCUAUAAGGUCAGGUAUAACGAACUAAGAACGACCUGGGUUUUCCUCGUCCACAAAAGAUUUAUUGGGAAAACAGUUGCCAAGCACUAGUAAUUUAUAUAGUGUGGAAACUGGGAACAAUAAAUACUGAAUAUUUCUUGUCGCGCUUACGAAAAUUGGCGCAAAAUUUAUAAUUUAGAUUUAAGUGUUAUGCAAUCAUGAAUGUUUUUAACCACGGAAACAAUAAUAUAAUAUUCAACAAUUUUACUUUAUUUUGCUAAUUAAUAUUUCCAGGUAAUACUGGAAAUCUAUUCAGUCAGGGAUCGAUUUACAAAUUUCUUUAAGUAUUUGGGACCGCACAAAACAUAAAUACCUAGGCAAGAAUCCUAAACCAGUAUUACUGCGAACAUUUUUUUUUUGUGUGGCGAUACAGUUGUUUUUAGUAAGUGUACAAAUACAACAGAUUUACAAAAUAUUUCUUGGACUUUAACAUACAUCUGUCAUUUUACAUUUCAAUUUUAUUCACAAAAAUUGUUUACUGUGUAUAGGUGUAUGUUUAUUAUAUAUUUCCUAGUCUUGCUAAUCUUUCGAUAAUGUUUUGACAACAUAAAUUGAAAAAAAAAUCUUUGUAUAUUAAUUUUACAUAUUUAGUUAUUAUCAAAGUAUCUAAAUAAUUACAUGUUUUGGGCUUGAAAAUGUACUUUAUUUAUUUAUUAUUUAUAAUACAACAGUAAUGAACACAUAUCUUUUGUUCAUGUGUUCUGCUCUAUGUCGCAUAGCGUUUCAUAAAAUAAUUAAUUUCCUCAGUUACUUGUACAAAAAUUCUGUUAAAAUGUGCAUUCUCGAACUGUACAUAAUUUCAGGAACAUGGUAUAUUGUAUAGUACUUCUCGCAUGAAAUUUGUCAUUACUUGUUAAAGGAAUUUUAUGACAUACAUAACCAGAGUGUCAUUUCCUGUAGACUUUGCUAUGUAAAACUAUAAUGUUAAGACUGGCGAGUGUAUUAUACUUUAUAAUGGACAUAUUUUAAUAUUUGUAGAAUUUUGUGUAUGUUUGUACAUGUUAUGUAUGCAGUUGUGAUAAUACUCCUUAGUAUGUAUGUGUAGAGAAAACACAAAUCUUUAAAUUUUUUUAGACUAUUAACUUUAACGUCUAAAUGAAAUCGUACCUGUUAUUCAUUUUACGUACUAGAUCAUAGACCAAUCUCCACUAUUUUGUAAUUUUUUUCAUAUUUUAUCUGAAAUAAUGUAAAAUGACGUAAAUUAAACCUGUAUUUUUUAAUGUAUUGGCUUUAAAGACCUUUAGAACCCAUUACGGAAGGUAUUAAUUUUUUUCUUAAUAUAACUGAAUUAUGUUAUUGUAUAUAAUUUUCCGUUCACUAAUUUUUUAAAUUAUUUUACUGCUGUUUGCAAUACAGCUUACUAAUGAAAAAAAAAUUUUGUCUCGCUACGGCAUAUGACCCAAUUUGGGCACUUAUUUGAUGUAAAAAUUUCGUAUACUGAUAUAAUUAUCAUGUUACUUAGUUGAAGUCGUAUGUGUGCAUAAACUAGUUGUUUUCUCUCGGCAGUAAAUUAUAGAAACUGACUAGUAAAAAAAAACGCUUCACCCUGUCAUGUCGAAAAUUUGGAAAAAAAUAAUUUAAAAAUGAAAUUAUAGCAAAAAAUAAACUCUGAAGAUGACAUGGACUAAACCCCUUUAUGUACUGCGUAUGUUAGAGAUAGAAUGAAUGGUGUGACAUCCUCUACAACUUAAUCAUAUCAGUGUGAAUUUUGGCACUGUCUGGACGGCAAUAUGAAAAAAAUAUAUACAUCAUAAAAUCGUUUAAAAUUACACAAUUAAAAUAAAUUAUCAUAAAAUAGAUUAAAAUUACCCAAUUACACAAUAUUACGACAGGUUACUAAUGACUUUCGCUGGAAUCAACUUCCUCAGACAACUGGCUGCUCGCACAUUUAUGUGAUUAGAUGAAGAUAUUUACAUAAAUAAUUUUUUUGCAGAAAAUUUUGCACUACACAGGCUUUUUUCUCUCGCAAAUUUGUAUGUAGGAGUUGGAUGUCUUUCAGUCAGGUGAUGAAAUGUUUCUUUUUAGUUUUUUUUUUAUCGUGCGGAAUAGUUAAACAAUAACAAUAUAUAAAUGGUAAAAUGUGGUUUUGAUUAAAAAAAAAAAAAAAAAGGAAGUUCGAAUUAUCUUGGAAAAUUUAGCUGUACAACUAAACUUACGUGGAAAUAUUAGUUGUGUAACACAUUUAACCUACCUCCAUUGGGGAGUGUAAUUUUUUACCUUCAUCUUGGACCAAAGGCUCCAUAUCAGUGAUCCCAAAUCCACAAUGAGAGUGAACAAUAAAAAAAGUUCCGUCUAGUGAUCAUAAAUAGAGUCCCGAAAUUUCGCGGAUUCCUCUGGCCUCAGGAUAGAAUUCAAAGUUAUAGGUGUGCUCGACGCAUGUUUACUUUCCCAUUGGUUGAUUUCUUAGCGAGAACAUUUUUAUCCUUGUUAUUUGGCACUACCUGAUUCGCUUACUUCUCUCCUAGCUGGACAUCGUUGGCUCACGGUCGUAGAGGGGCGUGUCCAGAUAACUGCGGACCAAUCAUGAACACAGUGCGACAGUGCGGAGGUUUGCAUUCUAGCUUGCGACUAAAUGAAUCCGCGAAAUUUCCGUGGCUCUAAUCAUAAAAUUUCCCAGAUUUAGGGUCAGACAUAACCACAAAUUUGAUUUUUCUAGAUCAUUUUCUUAUUUACUGGUAGUCUAUAUAUAUAUAUACAUAUACAUAUACAUAUAUAUAAUUGGAUUUUGGUAUGUGUGACGUCGAUGAACUCCGACACCGUCUGACCGAUCGCCAUGAAAGUUCGUAUACAUGUAUAUUUGAACACGAAUAUUUUCGCGAUAUCCAUUUUGCGAUAACUCACUACUAGAUAGCGCAAGCAACUUCUACACCAUUCAACCGGUUGCCAUUUAAUAUUGACGUUCAAAUUAAGAAGACACUAUGUCUACAUCUUAUUUUAAAAUGUAGUUCCCUUCAACCUGUUUUGAAAAGCUUACUUCAACAUGGAGUGUUGACAGUUGUUUUAUUCUCAACAUGGAUCUCCUCGUGUGUGGUUUGUGGUUCCAGGUGUUAUAUCAGCUCACCUUGCAUCACCCAGAAUAACACACUGCCUUUGCCGAGAUAUCACAAAUUUUUUCAUAACUUCAGGGGUGAUAGAUGCCCCAUAUCUAGGGACCGGAAAAAUUCGCGGGUUCAAUGACCUGUGGGAUGAACUCCAUAGUUAUACGUACUCUCGGUCAAAUGUCACCCACCCAUUGGCUGCUGUCUUGUGAGACGCCCCAACGUAGCAGCCUGUGAUUCGAUAAAGCGUUGGCUGGGUGUUUCUCAUUGGCCCAGAGUCAUCCAGGUGAGUUGUGAGCCAAUAGCAGAGGCAGCACUGAGGUAUAACUGUUUGUAUUUUAGCCUAUCGCGAAAUGAAUUCGCGAAUUUUUCCGGUCUCUACCCAUAUAUUAUCCUUGCGUCCGCCUCUGACGGUACGUAAUGCUACUAAUUUUCAGAAAAACAAAAUAUUGUUUUAUGAGUUAAAUUAUAUAUAUAUCGUCAAGGACGAUAUCAUUAAACCUGGACGCCAUCUGUGGAGAAUCGGUCGUUGGCGUGUGGUAGGAGCCAGUCCAACAUUUGCCUGGAGUGAUUCUAGGGAGAACCACGAAACACCACAAUCAGGAUGGGCGCAGUGGGACGAAAACGCAAGUCCAAAUUUUCACCACUGCGUCGGGCUCCUCCCAAAUUUAGGGGUGACGCAGAACUGAAAUAUAAGUGUUCGCCGUUUAAGAAAAUUCUCUUAGAAAGCAGGUAAGUCCUCCUGCCUAAAACGGAACGGCAUCGAUGCUUCAAGCUCAGAUCUGCUGAAACUAAUGUGCAGCCUGAGAUUAUACUGCACUUCUGACUAAAUUUAUAUAAUCGUAAGGUAUCGUGCAUUGAAACUAAAAUUACCCAUAUGUUUACACUAUAAAAGUAAUUUCUU